AUGAUAAGGUGUUUGUUUUUCAUUUUCUUGUUGAUCAAUACAAAAGCUGUCAAUGUAAAAUCUAGGAAGAGAAACCCUGAGGCAGUGAAAGCUGCUGAGCCUGCAAAGAAAUGGCAGACUCUAAAUGGAGCUGAGCCUCUGGUGGUAGCUCGAGGAGGGUUCUCGGGGGUUCUUCCGGAAUCGAGUAGUGCUGCGAAUAGCUUGGUGAAGCCUCCGAUGAGUCUGUCCAGUGUAGCUGUGUUGUGCAAUCUGCAAUUGACAAAGGAUGGUGUUGGAAUUUGCAUGACAGAUAUCCAGUUUGAUAAUUCAACAAAUAUUGGCAUGAUUUACCCCAAUGGAAGGACAACUUACAAGGUUAAUGGACAGGAUAUUAAAGGGUGGUUUGCUUUGGAUUAUAGAGCUGAUCAGCUUUUCAACAAUGUAUCAUUGACUCAGAAUGUGUACUCCAGACCAUCCGUAUUUGAUGGAGAAUUUCCAAUAUCUACUGUUGAAGAUGUAUUGGGAACUAAACCCCCUCAGUUUUGGUUAAAUGUUCAGUAUGACACAUUCUAUUCUCAACACAACCUCAGUGUGGAAGGCUAUCUUCAGAAGUCUGUCAGAGUUGGAGGCAUAAAUUACUUAUCAUCUCCUGAGAUUGGUUUUCUGAAGGCCAUUGGUGGGAAGGUGAACAAGGCAAGGACAAAGCUCGUUUUCGUGUUCCUCAACCCGAAUGAAGUUGAACCAACAACCAAUCAAACAUACAGUGAAAUCUUGAAGAAUCUUACUGCUAUCAAAUCUUUUGCUUCCGUCAUUGUUGUCCCGAAAAAUUACAUAUUUCCUAUUAAUAAUAAAACAGGAUAUCUGGAUCCUGCAACUGCUCUUGUGACUGAUGCACAUAAAGAAGGACUAGAAGUAUAUGCUUCUGAUUUUGAAAAUGAUGUUCAACUAAGCUACAAUUACAGCUAUGAUCCAUCAAAUGAGUACUUGAAAUUUAUUGAUAACUCGCAGUUUGCUGUUGACGGAUUUAUCACCGAUUUUCCUCCUACAGCAUCAGAAAGCAUAGCAUGCUUUGCACUAAACAAUGUCACCAAACCUGUCAGAGGGAAACCUUUGAUUAUAUCUCACAAUGGGGCAAGUGGUGUUUAUCCUGGCAGUACUGAUUUGGCAUAUCAGCAAGCGAUCGAUGACGGAACUGACAUAAUCGACUGCUCAGUUCAAAUGUCAAAAGAUGGAGUUGCCUUCUGCUUGGAUUCACCAGACCUCAUGGGAAAAACAACCGUGAUGACCUCUUUCAUGUCUCGAGUCACCAGUAUUCCUGCAAUUCAACAAAACAAGGGAAUCUUUUCGUUCGAUCUAACGUGGAGCGAGAUUCAAUCAUUGAAGCCUGAAAUGGAAAGCCCUUUUGCAACUGAAACUGAUACCUUCCAAAGAAACCCUCAAGCUAAGAACCAAGGAAAAUUUGUGACCAUUGAUGAAUUCCUGGAGCUGGCAAAGACCAAGGCAGUUACUGGAGUUCAGAUCAACAUAGAGAAUGCUGCUUAUCUAGCAUCAAAGAAGGGUCUUGGCAUAGUAGAUGUUGUCACCAAAGCCUUAAGUAAUGCCACAUUUGACAAGCAAUCCACUCAGCUAGUGUUUAUCUCAUCUGAUGACAGUUCUGUGUUGUCAAAGUUUUCCGGUGUCCGUGCUUAUAAGAGAGUCUUGCACCUCAAGAACGAAGUAAGCGAUGCUCCAAAAGAUUCGGUGGAGGAAACUAAGAAGUAUGCUGACGCAGUUAUUGUCCCGAGACCUAGUCUCAUUACAGUUAGAGACGGUUUUACUGUAACAUUUACGAAUGUUUUAAAGGAAAUGCAUAGUGCAAAUAUCUCAGUAUAUGUCUCAGUUUUCAAAAACGAGUUCAUUUCACUUGCGUUCGAUUACUUCGCAGAUCCUGUCAUAGAACUUGCAACUUAUAUAGGAGGAAUGGGCGUAGACGGGAUUGUAACUGAGUUUCCUGCUACUGCCUCCAAAUAUCUGAGAAGCCCAUGUUCUGACCUCAAUGCUGAUCUGCCUUAUACAAUUUUACCCAUUACACCUGGGGAUAUGCUUAGUAUAAUACCUGAACCAGUACAGCCGCCGGCAAGCGCCCCAAACCCAUCCCUGAGUAUAGCAGAUAUUGUUGAUCCACCGCUACCUCCCGUGGCCAAUGGCUCCACUCCAGAUGAUACUGAGUUCGACUUUGGGUCUAGUCCUACUGGUGCUCCUCCUGUUCUUGCACCAAGUUCAAGUGACAAAACCAAUGUUGCCAACAUUGGAAUUUCUAUAGUGGCAGCAAUGUUGCUAUGUUUGCUCUUCAUGUGA